AUGGCAAUAUGGUCUCCGUCUAUAUCAACUGCAGCAACUUUGAAGGUGCAGAACAUAUGUUCCUCAAGCCAUAAUAGAUCGAUUGUUUUUGCUCACUGGGAGAUCACCAGUUCUUUCGGUUAUCAUACUUCACUUCCUUGUCCGGUUUUUGAGCGUUGGUUUAUCAACAAAACAGAUUGCCCUCUCCGUCAACACCUCUCUUCCGUUGAUAAAUCACUGGCGACAACUAGUACUAAUGAAGUUCCGCCGCUUGACGGUCUUGUAGAGAGGUGUUUCCAUUUCACUAAGCCGAACAUUGCAGCAUUAAAAGAGAGGGCGAGGAGCUGUUUGAGUGAUAAUUGGAAUGGAAGUCGAGAGCUUAAAAUUAAGAUACUGAUGAAUAGCAGAACUAAGUUGAUUCCACCAUCGCCUGAAACAUACUUUGGCAACUCAAUAGCAACCGGGAUUGUAACUCUGAAGGAGGGUGAGCUGGUCAAGAGGCCGGGAUUCGGUUUCCUGGCCUCAAUGUUGAAUGAGGCGGUUAAAUCCAACAAUUAUGAAAAGAGUAGAAGUUUUACUGAAUCAUGGAUAGAGAAACAUUUAACGUCGAGUCCUGGUGGCUGUACAAGAAUUAUCGGCAAUAGAUUUUUGGCUAGGAGUUCCCAGUGGUUCAAUAUGUAUGGAAACAAUUUCGGUUGGGGACGAUCUAGUGCUAUAAAGAUCGGUGCAAAUGACAAAUCUUAUGGAAGAACUUGUGAACACAUAAAUCUCUAA